GUGACGCGACGAUUUACCUGGAUUUUUACCUGUACUAUACAAAGGUGGGGAUAUAAUCAUAAUAACAUUCCAUAGAUUAUAGUGUAUUAUUUCGAAUUUUCAAAAUGUGGAUUUUUUUGUGAGAAAAAUGUGAACUUGGAAUAAUUUUGGACGUAUUUUAUUUAAGCUUUGUACAUAUCAUUUGUUUAUUUUCAUACAACAGUAUUUCAAAUUUGAAAUUGAUUGAUCAAACUAUAUAGGUAAUCCAAGAUGGCGUCUAAAAAUCAGGUAACAAUUAUUUAUAUGUGCCUGGAAUUGUUACUAUUUGUUUCGUUUAUUUUCACUGCAACUAUAUUUAAAGACAAUUUUGAACUUACGGUGCCAAGUAAUGCUAAAAUUGGACAUAUUAUCACCAAAUUAGGCUGUUUAGAAGACGAUAUAUCACUCAUACCGGAAGGAAGUCCACUGGAUGAGCAACUAUUUUCAAAACUAUUUUCUAUUGAAAGUGGAAAUCUAGUCGUAAAAAGUGAUAUUUCAUUAUAUGAAGGGACAUAUUUUUUGGUUUCCGCAUUUUCAAACAAUAACUGCUUCAGCAAUGUUGGAAAUAAACGGACGUUUGGCAUUUUUAUCAAAGAUUCCAAGGAUUAUAUGCAACUGGAGAAAAGAAUAUACCAUGGGGUCAUACCGAAAAGUUCUAAGCCUGGGCUUCUAGUUGAAGGACUAGAAAGUCUUGUCGGAUUAAUUAACUCAGAUGCUCAAAUUUCAUGUGACAUACAUGGUGACAGUUCAAACUUAUUUGAACUUGUAUCCUCUGGAAUCAAACUCAUUUCAAAACUUCCAACAGAAAGUAAAGCCUUAUAUUUCUCCCUUCAAUGUACGAACGGCAAAGGACAUGGACAUGCCGGUAUUUACAUUACUGUAGCAGACGACAAUCAGGGAAACAGUCUGCCACAGUUUCGCAAUAGUCUGUCACAGAAGACCAAUGUCGCCGUCCAACAGGACAAUCUUAUCCAAUCUUUCGACCAACAGUCACACCUUCGAGUCAGACGCCAGGCUGUAACACGCACGUUGUCCGUUCUGGAAGAUAAAACUGACAUCCUUACUCUAGAAAGUCCCCAACCAGGUGUUACCACCCUGCUAUGGUCAAUUUCUUCAGACGACACUGGCACUUUUAUAGUUAAUAACCUAGGCAAAGUUAGUGUAAAACCAGGGAAAAAACUCGACUACGAUUUUGGUCCACGGAAUUACAACAUACAGGUCCAGGUCAAAACAUCAGAUGGACAGCAAGUUCUGAAAACGUACCUAGUUGAUAUAACUGUUAAUGACGUGAAUGAUGAAGCCCCUCAAAUCACCAAUCAUCCUACGCCAUACCAAGCUGCUGUAGAAACUGUCUCCUCCAUAGGAACACAUGUAUACCAGCUGCUUGCCUAUGACCCAGAUACUACUGCUGAUGUUAAAUUCUAUCUUGAAGUGCCAAACGAUAACUUUGAUGUUGAACCCAAUACUGGAUGGAUAAAGACCAAAAAGACAUUAAGUAAUUUAGAUUCCUUUGUUGUCCGUGCAUAUGCACAGGAUACUGCUGCGACUGGUGCAGAACAGAAAAGUGGUAUCGUUACUGUUACUGUAUAUACUGGUAACCUUAAACCUCAGUUCAAUGAAACAGCUUAUCAAGCUAAAGUACAGGAGACCAAUCAAGCAGAUCAAACCUUUGACACAUUGUCAACAGAUGGCAAUAUUAGUUUGGUGUAUGCAAUCAAUUUCCAGAAAAAACUUGGAGGAACGACUACAUACACAGUGUUGGAUGGUUCUUCUAUCUCGGACAAGUUCAAAAUUGAUAAUGAUGGUAAAGGCGUUAUGUUGACGUCACUGAAUUAUGAAACAGACCCAAAAACGUUUUCACUGACAAUCCAAGCAGAGGACAGUUAUUCAAAGCUAAAAUCUACCGUUCCUCUGACAGUUUUUUUGGAGGACAAGAAUGAGUUUGAUCCAACCUUCACCUUAUCUACAUACACAGCCAGGGUCCCUGAAGAUCUAGCUAUCGGCCAAUCCAUACUGACAGAACAAGGAAUAGCUGUAACAGUCACUGCUAAUGAUGAAGAUUUAAACUCUAAACUGUCAUUUUGGGUCAGUGAACCAUUGUUUAGAGUAGUCUCGCUAAGUGAUAAUCAAGGGCAGCUGCAAGUUAACAGCACUUUGGAUUAUGAUCGUCAAACUAGUCAUCGAUAUGAAUUUGACAUUUAUGUUAAAGACGAUGGUGUACCAUCUCGUACAAGUCAGGCUAAGGUACUGAUUGAUCUGACCAAUGUCAACGAUGAAAAACCACAAUUCCAAGAUGAUAACAUGGUCACAACUAUCAAAGACAAUAUUGCUUCAGGAACAGAUGUAUAUUUGGUACAGGCCGUUGACCCUGAUGGUGAUAAAGUUACAUACAGUUUUGAAAAUAAUGCAAACGUGAAAGACAUUUUUCAAAUAAAUGGUCAGACCGGUCAAAUCACUGUCCAAGGCUCUGUUCCUACAAACAUUGAUCAGUAUAAUUUAAAGAUUUGGGCUACUGAUGACGGUAGUUGUUGUACAGCAGUCCGCCCAAAUCAGCGACAAGAAUCUACUGUUAUUGUUAAUAUUGUUGAUGCUGUUAACACCAAGCCAUCUUUUACUGAUUGUAGUUCAUACCGACCAAAAGUUCUAGAGAAUGAACCUGCUGGUACUUCUGUUUUUACUGUUUCAGCAACAGAUAACAAUAGAGGUGACAAUGGGGUUGUAGAGUAUUUUGCAGUGACUGAUAGUCAGACAGUUUAUUUUACUAUAAAUCAGACGACAGGGGAAGUAACCACAGUCAUGUCACUUGAUAGAGAAAGUUUUGGAUCUCGUUAUCUUUUCUUCACUGUGCGUGCUGUUGACAAGGGCCAGCCACCUGGUGACGAUUAUUGUACUUUCCCCAUUACUAUUGAUGAUAAGAAUGACAAUAAUCCUGAAUUUGGAGCAGCUCAAUAUGCUGGAAAUGUUUUAAAAACUGCUGCGGCUGAUACAGUUGUGAUGACUGUGAAAGCAACAGAUAAAGACAUCGGUAUAAAUGCUGAAGUAACGUACACUAAAGCUGUAAAUACAGAAUACUUCAACAUCGACACAAACACAGGAGUUAUUACUGUGGCAAAGGUUUUAAUGAGUGCUCCUGACAGUGUUGUAUUCCAAGUCAAGGCUACAGACAAAGGAGUUCCUCCACGAAGUUCAACUAAUGUUAUCAUUACAAUAACAAUAGCCAAUGAUGAUGGUCAGAACCCACCUGUAUGGAGUACAAAUAAUCCAGCCUUUAGUGUUAAUGAAACAAGUCGCCAGGAUACAUUGGUAGGAAGUCUAACAGCCACAUCACAAAUCAAUGGUAGUACUGGUGUCACUUUUUCGGCUAUAGCUAAUGGUCAAGCUGGAAGUCAAGUUGCACCAUUCUACAUUCAGCAAGAUCAGACAAAUCCAAAUCAAGUUAAUAUCUACAUCCUGGAUUCCUUGAACUUUGAAGAAGUUAAAUCAUACACAUUCCAACUUAGAGCAAGGGAUAAUGUUGGAGAAGUGUACAAGGAUGUUUUCCCAGUUAUUACAGUUCUAGAUCAGAAUGAUGAAAUACCUAAUUUCCGUGGAGCUGAUCCCCUGUCCACUUAUAUUGAAGCUUCUGUACAAGAAAACCUCGCCCCAGGAGCUGCAGUAACUACUGUGGCAGCUAUAGAUGAAGAUAUCAACCCUUUGUUUAAACAGCUGAAAUACUCUCUAUAUGGAGCAUAUGCACAGAACUUCAGCAUAGAUCAGACUACAGGUGCAAUAACUACUAGAUCAAGUUUUGACAGAGAAGCCUCUAUCAACCAUUACUAUUUGUUAAAUGUUCGUGUAGAUGACGGCUACCCAUCAGCCAGACCUAGUGCAAAUGGACAACCAAAUGUUGAUGUAGCCACAGUUAGAGUGAAGAUUGGAGAUGAGAAUGACAACCCACCUAAUUUUGAAAAAACUAUUUACUAUGCUAAUGUCAACGAAGAUGCCUUUAUAUCAUCCAUAGUCACAACUGUUGAAGCCAAAGAUAGAGAUGAGGCAACAUUCCAGUACAAUAUUGUCCCUGGUCCUGAAUCUUCAUUUUUCUCUAUUAAAACUCAACAGCUGGUUGGAGAAAUUGUUGUGGCAGGAAACCUGGAUUAUGAAAAUGGGGACAAAGCCUACAAUCUAACUAUCAGAGUGAAUGAUGGGAAAUAUACUGCUGAAACCUUGGUAGAAAUAACAAUUAAUGACGUGAACGACAAUCCACCAGUCUUUGACAAACCAAGUUAUGUGAUCAAUAACGUAACAGAAGAGAUGGUCUACUCACCACAGAACCCACUCAUGUUGUUACAGGCACAUGCUAUGGACCCAGACACCUUCAGACAGAAGGGUAUGGAGUACCGAAUCUCUAAUGAGGAUCCUGUCAUCGCUAACUUGUUUUCCAUUGAUGCCAACACAGGCAUUUUGAAUCUGGUCGGCAAAUUAGAUCGAGACAAACCAGAUGGCAGAGAAGUUUACCAGUUUAACUUACUUGCUAUUGAUGAGCCAGGGGAGACGAUCAGAUUAACAGGAUAUGCUACAGUACAGAUUUUCCCGAUUGACAUCAAUGACAAUAAGCCUAAGUUUAUACCUGAUAACCCAACAGGAACUGUUAACGAAAUGUCUCCAGUUGGAACUUCUGUAAUGAGAGUAAUCGCUGAAGACUAUGAUGCUGGUCUUAACGCUGAAUUUACAUUCCAAAUCAUUGGGGAUGGUACCCCAAGAACAGCCUUCAGAAUAGAGGGCGACGGACAGGUGUUUACAACAGUAGCAGACCUAGACAGAGAAAAACAUGCUCAGUACUUCUUUGUUGUCCAAGCAGUAGACAAGGGAUCUACUCCACAAACCAGUUCAGCAUCGGUCACAAUUAACAUCAUUGAUAUUAAUGAUAAUCCACCAGUGUUUAACGAGUCUGUGUACCGUGUGACCAUUCCGGAGACCCAUUCUGGCGCCAUUCUUACGAUUAAGGCUGAUGAUCCUGAUGUGGAUGAGGUGUUGAGGUAUUCCCUCAAUCAAGAUGCUUACAAACAUUUCACCAUUACAACACAAGGCAGAGAGGGUAUUAUUGGAGUGUACAAUGGCAGUAACCCUGAUUAUGAAGCAGGAGAAACAUUCUUCAAUUUAACAGCUACAGUAAAAGAUCGUGAAGAUAAAUAUACAGCAUCCACCAAUAUUCAGAUCACUAUUGAGGAUGUCAAUGAUGAGAAGCCGAUAUUUAUGAUAAAAAAUAAAGAAAUCAAUAGGGAUGAAGGAGACGCCACUGCAGUCAACUCGGAACUAGCCACAUUUACCGCUACCGAUCGGGAUACCGGCCUAAACGGUGAAAUCAGCUACUUCAUUGGAAAAGACCCCAGAGAUGAAAAUCCAAAAGAAUAUUUUAAAUUGGAGGAAUAUACUGAUCCUACAACUUCUAAACUGUCUGCAAGAAUCAGACUAAAUAAGCUGCUUGAUAGAGAACAUAUUGCUAAACAUACUGUGUAUAUUUUGGCUAUGGACAAAGGAGUUCCUAGUUUGACCGGUACUGCGACCUUGACCGUCAGUGUAAACGACAUCAAUGAUGAGUUUCCAAAAAUCAAAGGCGUACCCUAUGCUAAAAUAAUGGAAAAUGCACCAAUCAGUACUCUUGUAACAACUGUGUUGGGUGAAGAUCCUGAUCUACCUAACAAUGGGCCUCCUUUUGGAUUUGAUGGAAUACCCUGCACUAGCCAAGAUCAAGCACAGUGUAAAUUUGAUGUCAACUUUAUGGCAGCAUUGGAUGGUGGAAAUGGAGGAGCUCAAAUCAAAUCAAAAGAAGUCUUUGACAGAGAGGUUAAGAAGUUUUAUUACCUACCCAUUAAAAUGUGGGAUAAAAGAGGAGUUUCAAAUGUACUGAGCCAGACUGGUACCAAUACACUUACUAUUGAGAUAGGGGACAUUAACGACAACCCACAUGGACCAGGAACUCAGAAUAUACAUGUGUAUAAUUACAAAGGAAUGUUUAGGAAUAUUGAGAUUGGAGCUGUAAACUACGCUGAUUUAGAUGACCAUGACAUUGACGAUAAGACCUUUGUUGGCCCUGAUAAUUAUCAGAAAUUUUUCAGUGUUAACCGGGAGUCUGGGAUGAUAACUAUGCUUCAUAAUGUACCAACUGGCAAAUGGACAUUUAAUGUAGAUGUGUCUGACAGAGUCGAUAAGCUAACCACAAAAUCCUCUGUUACAGUAACGAUCGAAGAAAUGCCAGAGGAAGCACCAUAUAAAUCAGGAUCUGUUAGACUCUCAGGUACAACACCAGAAGAAUUUAUUACACCAGAUAGUGAAGGGCUGUCACCUUACGAUAAAUUUAGAACACGUCUUGCUAAUAGCCUUGGAGCAGAAAAAGAGAAUGUACAGAUGAUCAGUGUUUUAAAGAAAGACGAUUUCACAGAUGUCAGGUUCUCUGCUCACGGCUCACCAUAUUACUCCAACACCAAAAUGAAUGGAGCUGUACUUAAAAACAAAAACGGAUUUGCCCAAGAUGCAGGUGCUACCAUUGAAAUGAUCAACAUUGACGAAUGUUUAAAGGAAACUUGUGAAUCUGGCUGUUACAACUUCCUUAAAGUGACAGGCAAACCAAACUUGGUGAACGUCAGGGGGAGCGCAAUUGUUGGCGUGGAGACAUUUGUUCAAGGGAAGUGUGGAUGUCAUGAACCAGUCAGUCAGACGGAGUGUGAUCCUACAUAUUGUUAUAAUGGAGGAACAUGCAAAAAAGAUUAUUGGAAUGUUUUGAGCUGUGAAUGUUCAGCAGGAUUUGAUGGACCACGAUGCCAGUCGACACGUCAUGGUUUUGACGGAACUGGUUAUGCCUUGUACAAACCUUUAGAACAGUGUGAAAACUCUGAAACUAGUAUAGAGUUCAUUACUUCAAGUGAUAAUGGGCUACUUAUGUAUAAUGGUCCCGUGUCAGAUAAUUUCCAACCUCAGGAUUAUAUGUCCUUGGAAUUGGCAGGGGGUUACCCAAUUCUAAAAAUAGACCAAGGAUCAGGAGAACAGACACUGUCUAUAAAUAGUCCCUCACUGAAUGGAGGCAAUAAACUCAGUGAUGGUAAAUGGCAUCAUAUUAAUAUCAGGAGAAGAGGAAAGUUGAUCACCUUGACUGUUGAUUAUUGUAAGGACAUUGCACCGAAUACUGAUGGCAUUGUGGAUGAUAGAUCUAUAUGUGAGGUGACUAUGUCAACUCCUGGUGAAAAUAUGUUCCUGAAUGUGAAUGCACCAUUACAGUUGGGUGGAAGACAAUCACAACCAAACCUACCAGCUGGAAUUACAACUAACAAGUUCAAUGGAUGUGUUAGAAAUUUACGACACAACAAUGAAUUAUAUGACCUGUAUACUGGUUCUGGUACCUACCCAGGAAGUUUUGAUGGUUGUCCAAAGGAAGAUGAUGCCUGUCAAAAGAACAGUGUAAACCUACCCAAGAAAUGUGGAGAUAAUGGUGACUGUCAGAUUACUGAUUUAGCCACUGGUACAACUAUCUGUAUAUGUAAUAGUGGAUGGAGAGGGGAUACUUGUGAUAUACAAACCUCUAUAAAAGAUCUAAAUGGAAUUGGAAGUUAUAUGGACUGGACCUUAGAGUCAACCUUCCAGAGUUUGUUAUCACACUGGGAUACAGAUGUCCAUGUAAUGUACAGAACAAGAGACACUGACGGAGUUAUCUUCCAUGUCUCUUCAACAUCCACCAAUGAAUUUGUCAGGCUUGAGAUUGUAGGCAAUCAUCUGCAGGUGUUAUAUAAUUUGGGCGAUGGGAAUCAUGUAGUUAGUCUGGACAGAGUAAUGGCAAGUGAUGGACAAUGGCACAAAGUUCUCAUUAAAAGGCGAGGAAAAUUCUUAGCCCUGGCCAUGGAUAAUGGAGAAGGCCCUCGAUACUCAGAAACACAAGGGCCAGAUUAUGGACAUCAUUUGAUGCCUAUAAAAAAUGACCAGAUUUACGCCGGAGCAGCCUUAACUUAUACCCACAACACAAUCACUGUUUCAAAUGAAAAAGAUCUUAACAGUACUUGUUUGAAUGAUAUUAGAUUGGCCAAUAGCUGGUUCCCUAUGACAGCAGGGGAAAGUCAACAAAAUGUCAACAUUAAACUUGUAAAUCAGCAGAAAGUUACUGAUAACUGUGUAAGGAAUGACUGUUUUCCCUCUGCAUGCCAACUUCCAUUUGUCUGCCGUCCAUUGUGGGAGAAAUAUGAAUGUGUCUGUCCUCUCCACUACAUUAAACAAGGCAGUACCUGCAUGCCCUACGACUAUUGUAUGAUUGACACCCCCUGCCACCCUGAUGCUGAAUGUGUCAAUGACCCUAAAAACGAGUAUGGAUAUGUUUGUAACUGUCACUCUGGAUGGAACGGACGGACUUGUUACACUCUGAUGAUAGUUGAUACAGAUUCUGCUGGCGUUGGGGCUUGGAUUGUGGCACCCAUAUUAGUUAUUCUUUUGAUAUUGGUCAUUGCUGCCCUUCUUUGGUGGAAGUGUAGGCAAACAGAUGAGGGACUGAUUGAGGAUGACGAAAAGGAAGAUUACGAAGUGAGGGAAAAUGUGAUGGAUUAUGAUGAGGAAGGAGCAGGUGAAGAUGAUUAUGAAGGUCAUAUACAAGGAAUGGGCAGAUUACCAGAUCAUUCUCAUUUUGAUAAGCCUGUCAAUGUUAAUCAUCUAGGCAAAAGUGCUCCACCACCAGGGGGACCAGGUAUUGGUGAUUUUAUUGGUGACAGACUGGAUGAUGCUGACGAUGAUUCAGGUGCACCACCAUAUGAUACAAUGAAAGGAUUUGAUUAUGAGGGAGGCGGUAGUGAUGCUGGGUCUCUGAGUUCUCUGAAUACCUCCACGUCAGGAGGUGACCAAGACUAUGACUAUCUUAAUGAAUGGGGACCUAAGUUUGCCAAGCUAGCGGACAUGUACAAUAAAUAUGAUGAUUCAGAUUAGAUUGAAAAAGUGCAUAGAAUGAAUGUGCCAAGCUUGCUAGAGUAGAACUCAUGCAUAUGAAUAUUCAUGCAAAUUGCACAUGAUCAAAUCAGUGGCAGCUGCAUCCAUGAUUAUGCAAAUUAGAUGCAAAUAUACAUUCAGUGUGGAGAAAAUCAAAUGACUGAAAAAGUCCUUACAUGACAUAUUUUGUGAUAUAUAUUCUGGGGAAAGUAGCCAUGAAAUUCAAAUAUAUUGUAAUUAGUUUCAUUUUUAAUAUGACUUUGGUAGAACCUCCAAGAGCUAAUGUUCAACCAUAUAAAUGUUAGUUUGAAAUGUUACAUUAUUUUACUAAUUUAAAAAAAAUAAUCCUGAAAGUUUAUUAAUUACCAUUUUCAUUCUAAUACAUUUGUGUAUAGUUUUAAAACUUGACAAGUUACGUCUGAUGCCAAAUAUUUCUAACAAGUGCUCUGUAACUAAACGUCUCGUGUAACUCAUUAUAUCAUAAUGAAACUAACAUUCCAGAUACAUUGUCUCUUGAAAUUUUAUUUUAGAGCUAUUGAUAUUCUUAACAAAUCACACGCAUGUAAUACAUUAGAGCUUAAAAGUAUUUAUUUUUGAUUUUGAAAAUUACCAUGUUAUCAUAUGAACAAGGAGGUUACAAUGUAAAACCAUACACAUUUUGUUCUUUUCACAUUUUCAGGAUAUUAAGAUGAAUCUCUAUAUUUUAACCAUUUUUGUAUGAAUGAUUUUUUAAAAGAUAAAAUGUAUCGAUUACAUAUCAUUGUUGGUAAUGUUGAUCCAGUGAAAUCUCUCUUUUAUUCAAUCAAGAAUAAAAAAAAUCUUUAUUUUAAAUUUCCAUUUUUUUAAAGGAAAUUAUAUCCCAAUAUGUGAAUGAUAUUUUUAUAAUAGUAUACUAAUUUAUAGAAAACAUUGUUGAUAAAAAUUAUCUGUAUGAAUAAAAGAAAGAUUUCACUGAAAUUUCAUUUCGCCAAUUAUUCCAUUAUUCAUUUGUUGUAGAUAAUAUUUUUAUUGCUAUGAGACAAUUUGUAAAUAAAUGUAAACAUAUCAUAUGACUACUUUAUUACCAGUAUUUUUGGUGGAGAUGAUGUGUAGAAUUAAAGAAUUAGAUCCCAUUUGAUAUAUGGUAUUAAAUAGAUUUUAUACCAGGAUUGAUAUAUAUAUAAAUGUAUAUGGUAAUGUCUCUCUGACAUUAUUGGAAAUCCAAUUUUGUAGGAUAUACUAUGAAAAUAUUCCUUCAUAAUUCAGAAAAUAUUUUGAUAUUGCUGUACUAAUUAUUAUCAAAAGGAGAGAGUGUCUAUCAAGAAAUGCAAUUUUUAUACUAUUGAAGUAAUUUAGGCUGUAAUUGUAAAUGUCAUUCUAAAGUCCUUAUUGACUACUUGAUAAUAUUUUGUUAAUUCUCCACUCAGAAUCUAAGGCAUUCUGUAUAAUUUUCAAAAGCGUACACCAAUAUGUUGUGAUUGGCUUACAACAUUUUGAACUAAAUGAAUAGAAAAAAUAGAUUUUUUAUAUUAUAUACUGUAAAUCACUAAUUCAUUAUAUAUUAGAACCAUUGGUGCAGAUUUUAUUUAGAUAUUUAUCUAUCUUUUUGUAUUGUGAUUGUAAUUAUUCUGAGCCAAUUUGUUCUGAAUUUAUUACAUAUAUAUUGUUGGAUGUUACUGUCUGGAAAUAUCGAUUAUAGAACUGGUACCCUUUCCGCCUAGAGUUAUCUCCUAUUAAAAAGGGUUGUAGACAAUUUUAUUUUGGGCUGAUAAUCUCUGUGUAAGAAAAGGUUUCAAACUUUAUGAAUAUAGAGCUGAUAUUUAUAUUUCUGUCCUAAUUAUAACUGAAGUAUUAUAAUACCAGACAAAAAGAUAGUAUAUACAUGUACCUUUGUCUUGGAACUAAAUAACACUCUUGAGUAUUGCUGCUUCUGUAAAAAUUACAUAGAAUAAGGACUAUCCCAUUAAAAUAUAUGAGGGAAGGAAGGAAGGGAAGUUGUAACUAUUGAAUAUGGGUCUUGGCUCUUUUUUCAGUAUGCACCUUAACUAUUAUGCAAAAUUAUUUAAAAAAAUGGUUCUUUGUUGUAGGGAUAUUUUCAAAGGUCCUUUCUACCCUCCCUCAUACAUUUUAAUGUAAUAGCCCUAAUGAUACUACAAAUAAUUUUCCAUGUGACAUGGUAUAUCCACCAAUAUAAUAAUGUAUUAGCACUCCUAAAGUGCUUUUUGUUGUGAAUCUGCUUAUGCUUUCAGUUUUAUGUAAAUUAUGCACAAUCAGCAUUUUUAUUUUUAUUGCUAAUAGAUUUGAGUUUAUUUGAAAUAAAUCUCUAGUUAAUUUUGUGAUAAUUAUUUUCAUGUAUAAACUAACUUUUGAUAUGUCAGUUUAACUUUAUAACAAAUAAGUUCACAGGUAAAGCCUGGAUUUUUUAUUUGAAGAAAAUAUUCCCCCCUUUUUUUUAAAAUGGCUGGAUCCACCUCUGCUUAGUAAUUCAUAAUAGAUGGAUCAAGAUUCUAUAAACAGAGAUUUACAAUUAUUAUUAUAAUAUCUGGAAAUUCAAUUAUAAGCAAAACAUAUUUUUUAAGACUUCAAUGGCAAAUAUAUGCAUUUUUUUAAGACUUCAAUGGCAUGAACAUAUAUAAUUUAUUUUUUGACAGAAAUCCAUUUAUAUUCAUUCCCAUGGUAACAGUUAAUCAAAGGUUGUGAUUAUUGUUUUUUUACUUAAGCCAAUUUAUACACGUCAUUAUUUAGAAUUACGUAAAUUAUGUUCUGUUUAUAAACAUGAUUGGUCUAGAGAAAUUAAAUUUUUCUAAUAUA